GGGUGUCAGUGAGCGGCGAGGAGCCGGCGCCCCGUGCCGCGUGAGCCCGUCCGCCCGCCGCUGUCUGCGGGUACCCGUGGCGCGCUGCUUGCGGAGCAUCUCCCGGCCGCACACCUGUCCCCGCACCUGCCCGCUGCCCGCCCGGCGCCCCGGGACCGCCCGCCGCAGCCGGGCCCGGGCGAAGCGCCGCGGAGGGAGGGCCGCCGGGCGGGCCGGGCCGGCGCGGCGAUGAUGCACAGGUUCCGAAAGUGGCUGUACAAACCCAAGAGGACAGACCCGCAGCUGCUCGCCCAGUUCUACUACGCCGAUGAGGAGCUGAACCAGGUGGCCGCCGAACUGGACAGCCUGGACGGGAGGAAGGACCCACAGCGGUGCACGCUGCUGGUCAGCCAGUUCCGCUCCUGCCAGGACCACGUGCUGAACAUCAUCAGCCAGAUCAUGGACCUGUGCAUCCCCCAGGACCGCGCGCCCAGGGACUUCUGGGUCAAGUUCCCCGAGGAGGUCCGGCACGACAGCCUGGCCGGCCAGCUGUGGUUCGGUGCCGAGUGCCUGGCUGCCGGCUCCAUCAUCAUGAACCGGGAACUGGAGAGCGUGGCCAUGCGCCCGCUGGCCAAGGAGCUGACCCGCAGCCUGGAGGGCGUGCGGGGCGCCCUCCGAGACCAGGCGCUGCGGGACCUGGACACCUACACGGAGAAGAUGCGGGAGGCGCUCAGACACUUCGACGUCCUGUUUGCCGAGUUCGAGCUGAGCUACGUCUCUGCCAUGGUGCCAGUGAAGUCCCCCAGGGAGUACUACGUGCAGCAGGAGGUCAUCGUGCUCUUCUGCGAGACGGUGCAGAGGGCCCUGGACUUCGGGUACCUGACGCAGGACAUGAUCGACGACUACGAGCCGGCCCUCAUGUUCACCAUCCCCAGGCUGGCCAUCGUGUGUGGCCUCGUGGUCUACUCAGACGGACCCCUGAAUUUGGACCGCAAGGUGGAGGACAUGUCCGAGCUGUUCCGGCCCUUCCACACACUGCUGCGGAAGAUAAGGGACCUGCUGCAGACCCUCACCGAGGACGAGCUGCAGGCGCUGGAACGGAGCCUCUGCAUCUCGCAAGACGUGGAAUUCCCCAUCCGGGCCGAUGGGCCGGCGCCGCCCACCCUGGCGCCCGCCUUCCCCGCGCCCCUGCCCCCCGAGGAGCUGCUCUCCACCAAGGCCAAGGACCCGGAGGCGGAGCUGGCCUGCUCCAUGCAGUACGAUGACCAGGAGCUGGAACAGCUCAACCGCAUGGUGUGCCGGGCUGGGGACGCAAUGUCCUCCCUGCUGUCCCCACCCAGCGCCUGUCAGUCCCCUGCCCGCAGGCCAGGGGCCGAGGGCAGCCCCCGGGGCGUGGCCUCCCCCAGUGACGGGCUGCUACAGCCAGGCAGCGAGGAGGAGGAAGGAAGGGUGUUCUUCAUGGAUGACGUGGACGGGUCAGCAGAGGCCCCGGGCAGCCCGCCCGGGUGGACAGGUGGCCCCCGUGCUGAGCCCCGGGAGAGAGGGCAGGGUGGGCAGGCAGGGGCCCGCGUGCCCGGCACCUCCGAGGAGGAGGAGGAGGACGUGAGGAACAACAACGUGGAAGGCGGCAAGCCCUGGGCCACGGGCCCCAACUCCUGCAGCUGCCUGGGCGCGCCGCCACCCCUGGACGGCUGGGAGGUGACCGUGGACGACGUCGAGACGGCCGAGGCGAUCGCCCACCGGACGGGGGGCAUGAAGCUCUCCGCCACCGUCAUCUUCAAUCCCAAGUCGCCCACCUCCUUGGACUGUUCUAGCUCCGCCCCGGGAGGCUCCGGAAAUGGCCUCUCCCCGUCAGAGCCCGUGGCCAGGGGGAUAGAGGAUGGCUCCCAUGGACUCAAUACCACAGCCACCAACUGUCUCCUUAACUCCUGCGUGUGCUGUGGAGGCUGUGGGGGCGGCAGGGAGGACACGGCCGGGGGUCUGCAGGACAAGUGCGGCCCGGGGGGCGUCAUCAGCGCCUCCUUUGUGGGCGUGGCCAAGGCCAGUGCCAAGGGUGCCCCCGAGAGACCAGAGGAGGCCCGGCCUGCCCUGGAGACACUGCCCACGGGCACCCCAGCCCCCCUGCACUCAGAAGACACCCUGGACGGCCAGGAGCCCAAAGCCCCUGCUUCCAGCAAGUGCCUGGCACCCCCCUCAGGGCCCCCGGCAGGUGCAGUGGACGGGUCUCAUGGAGGUGGUGAUGGCGGUCAGCAGAAGGAGCCUGUGGCCAGGCUGCAGGACGCCAGGCAGCCCACAGAGGCCAAGGAGGGGCGCCAGCACCCGUCAGGGGCCAGUGGCUCCCCAGCCAGGCCCCAGCCCUCAGACGAGACCGCAGUGGAGGCGGCCCCUGUGGCCACCAGGGAGAAGAUCCGAUCCAGGUUCCAUGGAAGCCACGACCUGAUCCAUCGCCUGUUUGUCUGCAUUUCAGGUGUGGCUGACCAGCUGCAGACCAACUAUGCCAGUGACCUGAGAAGUAUUCUCAAGACCCUCUUCGAGGUCAUGGCCACCAAGCCAGAAAUGGACGACAAGGAGAAGUUAAAGAAGGUCACCCAGACGCUGCGGAGCGCAGCCUUGGAGGACUGUGCCCUGUGUCAGGAGACCCUGUCAUCAUCGGAACUUUCAGCCAAGACCCGGGAUGGGGACCUGGAAGACCCGCCCGAGUGGGUCCCCGAUGAGGCCUGCAGCCUCUGCACCGCGUGCAAAGCCCCCUUCACGGUCAUCCGCAGGAAGCACCACUGCCGCAGCUGCGGGAAGAUCUUCUGCUCCCGCUGCUCCUCCCACUCGGCCCCGCUGCCCCGCUACGGGCAGGUGAAGCCGGUCCGUGUGUGCACGCACUGCUACAUGUUCCACGUCACGCCCUUCUACAGCGACAAGGCGGGCAUAUGACACGCGCCGGCGCUCCCCGGACCGCCGGGUCCGACAGGUCUCCCAGGAAGGCUGCCCACACUCCCCACCCCUCCACCCAGAUGCUGGUUCCUGGAGGGUUUUCACUGCAUUCCAUCAAGUUGCUGCUGCUGCUGCUGCUGCUGCUGCUGCUGCUGCGGAGACUUCCAGAACGUCCAGGGCCUCCGCCCAGCCACGCUGUCCUCCCCACCUGUCAGGGCCACUAGGAGGUCAGCCUCAGCAGCGGGGGCUACGGGGUGCCAGGUGGCUGCCCAGGCAGGGCAGGCUCUCCUCCUGCUUGUCCACCUGCCCUGCUGAGGUGCCACCUGGAGGCUCAGCCACAGCAGAAGGCCUACUCGGCACAGUGACAGGAAGUGCGGCCGUGGUCGGGGCUCUGGGCAGCCUCAGUGCCUGGGACGCACCUGGUGACAGGGACACCUGUCAGAGAGGGUCUGGGCUCAGAGUUCCACAAAGCUUCCCUGUGAGCUCACCAGCCCAGAGCCCAGGGCGCCCAGCUCAUCCCCUGUGCCACCCACAUCUGCUCCUGCAGGGCCUUGGCUCAGCCACAUGCACCCCAUUGCGCCCAGUGCUCCUGCAGGUGAGCCCUGGCCCCGUGCAGCCUGUCCACCCUCAUCCCCCUGCUGAUGGGGACGGGACAGCGUGGAGACCUGCAGGCAGAGGUUCUGGGUUCUCUGCCCAGGCAGCCAAGGACCAGCGGAUGGUGCCCACUUGCCCGCCGCUACCUGCUUCCCUCUGUGCCCUGGGACCGGCGCACCUCCCCAGACCCUGGGGCAGCCGGGCCCCAGCACGGACACCUCCUCAGGCUUAAAUCUCAGGCUUCACAUUGCAAUGACAAUUGCAGCUUUAUUUUUAGAGAGAGGACUCGCCUCCUGCUUCUUUUAUAGGAUAAACCCUAAUUACUAUUUAAUGGUGGGAUAUACCUGCAGAAAAUAGCUUCUGGGGGGAGCAGGAUUCUGUAUUGAGAUUAUUUUUAUUUUCUAAAUGCUGUAAUUCAAGAUCAUUUCCAUAAAUCUAUUUACGGGUUGCAGACACUCGCUUGUCUCCCUGUGAC